AUGCAUGCGAGGAAUGCAUUUCGUUSCGCACAACAGCAAACAAUCUCUUUGCCCUCCACAAUCCCUUCCUCUGCAAUCUCCCACUUCGAUCCAAGACCUUUUCCCUUCAGAAAGAUUGCAUCGUCCAACAUGGAGACCAGCGACUUCUCAUGUCGAUACACAGAUGGCAGUGACUCGUCGCGCUACCGCACAUGUCCCGACCACACACCAUCCCACUCCACGCUCAUAUACCCCGUCUUCAACAUGGGCAGCGGAGUCUGGAAUGGGAGAUUGACAAUCGCAUUGUACACCWGCCUGGUCAUCAACAUCUGCAUCAUCAUCGCGGCUUUUUGUCUAUCCCCACGAAGAAGCCUCCAGCGAAUGCGAGUCUGGAGGACAAUCUUAUACCCGCUACUAUACGCGUUGGUUGCAAUUGUCGUGGUGACUGCGCUGCGGUGGGAGCAUCUCUUCCGCAGAGCUGAUUCUAGAGAUGGGAGAUGGUGGGACGGACAGGGGCAUACUGCGUGGCACUCUUUCGAGCGGCUCGUGGAUGUGCCGCAGAGUAGAUGGUUUGCUUUUCAAUGGUACAUGGCACACUUUGCGUGGUCAGUAUAUGUUGUUAUUGAAUGCAAGCGUCGGUCUGUUGGAUAUCUGGUUGCACUUUCGUUCAUUAUGUUGGGCUUUUGCAUCAGCCUCUCUGGCAUGCAAUUCGUCUUUUACGCUCUGCAGAUGCUGUCACCCACAGUGAACACAGGACUGACAUCCUUGGACGCCUUUCCCACCCUUUUGACCGUGCUAGGACYCUUCGAAACUAUCGCAUUGGUUCUCCUUCCAUCUCUACCGCUCAUGUACAACUACACCGGGAAUUUGUGGUGGGAAGAAUCGGAUAUCCUUUGGGUGAGCCUUCGGGUAUCAUUGGUCUUACUUCCUGCCAUGGCGGCGCUGUUGGCAUUUUACCCCUGGAAACCUGUACGACGCCGAAAUGUAACGGCAGCGAAGAGAAAUCUCUAUUGCGCUUGGUCUGCUAUUUCUGUAUUGUCGAUCGGGUUGCACCUCUUCACGGCGUAUCAGGCAUGGUCGACAGUGAGGAAAGGMGUUCAAUGGAUGCAGCUCUUCUCGCUGUUGCCUUGGCGAGAUGGGCAUAUGAAUGGCUUGGACCGAUGGACUUUGCCUGGGAUUCGAAGACUUGGCGCACUGUGCCACGAUCCAUGGGUCGACUCUGUGGCUUGGGACGUUAUCUUCUCCGGGAUCGGUCUAUGUGUAUGGUCUGUUGCCAGCUCCUGCGACCCUCGUGUUAUGAUAGAAUGCAGCAUCUUCCCAUGGCUCUCUGAUGUAGAAGAGGUUGCGAAGCGAGCCACAAAAGCCACCGCUGAAGGCGCAAUGCUUCGCAACGACAGCGAUUCCGAGGGCUCAAGCAGUGGCUCAGGAAGAUUGCUUACCUCAAGGCGCCCGGUCAGGGGGAGUGGACAAAGCUCGGCUGCUGAAUAUGUUUCCAGGCACAACACUCGCAGUCGUGCGCUGAGGUCCUCCCGACAUUCAGUGUCGUCCAGAUUGACCUCUGGAAGCAGGAGAGCUGUCAAAUCCCCAAACGCAGGCGCAUUGCAAUCCGUGGAUACGGCAGAGGAUGAUCAGACGGCUUCCGAGAUGGAGGCGGCUUGUCUUACCCUUGCUCUAUGGUUGAUCGGAGGGCUUGGCAUGAGUAGCGUUGCUGUCUUUGCGGCUGCGGCUGAGGAGACUGAUGAUUCAUCUUGA